AUGUCCUCCAAGCGCAAGGCAGACGACGCUAACCUUGACGAAGACCAGCCCCGUCGAAUCACCAGGCGCAAUGCAGGAACUGCCAAUAAGACUCUACCAGGGCAGGCUUCUGCAGUGGUCCCAGAAGAUGACCCUGUAUUGAUUCUUCUAAAUUCUGCCCCAGUUCCUGAAGCCAAUGCCCCAGUUCCUCAACCCAUUACCCAAGUCCCCCAAUUCUCCACCCAAGCCACCCAAGCCUCUGCAGCAGUUCCCCAAGUCUCCGUAUCAGUCCCCCAGACCUCUGCACCGGCUCGCAAGACCAAGGCUGCAGAGAUCGAGGAUGGGACUGUUCCUGACGAGGAGGCUGCUCGACCGACCAAAAGGGCCAGAGGCAAUGGUCCCCCAGUUCCUACGAAGACAACCAGAGGUUCUACGCGCGUCAACCCCGAGUCUCAAGCGAAGAAGAACUCGGAGAAGUUCAGAAGCGAGUCCCCAGCUGCCAAGACUACCCAGGAGGCUAUUCCUACGGCCAUUCCUGGUAGCAGUGCUGACUGCCCUUUGGAGCUGGAUGAUACCGACGAUGGGAACCAGGGUGCGAAUGUGAACCAAGAAGUGGGAGAUCCACUCUUUGAGGAGGGAGAUCCACUCUUUGGGGAGGAUGAUCAACUCUUUGGGGAGGGAGAGGAGCAGCAGGGCGGUGGAGAAGAGGAUACCAAGAGGGAGCAGGAUGAGCAAGGGGAACUCCAGGGAGAGGAAGACAGGCAAGACGAACCUCAGGGAGAGGGGGGUGAGGCUGAUGAGCAGCAGAGACUGGGUGAUGAGGUUGAAGAAGAGGAAGAGGAAGAGGAAGAGGAACGGCCGAAAGGCAAAAAGAAGAAGGCCAAAACGGCGAGCCAGAAAGCCAAGAAGAACCCGGGACACACACGGACUCGCAGAAGAGCAGACCAACCCGAAGCGGAUCAUUCGGCCAUUAUACGGAAGAGGUGGCGGGACGAUAGUGAAAAAGACGCACGGAAUCUCGCGGAGUGGGAAGAGAGGUGUCGACAAUGGCGCGAGCAGGGCAUAGACCCUGACAAUGACAAAGAGUAUAAAAGGUUGAAACCGAAAAUGCGGACGGGGCAAGCGUGUGAUCGCUGCGUAAACCUCCGGCAACCAUGCAGCAAGGAUGCCGACUCCUGUCGCAGGUGCCGAGAGAAAGGAUUUGAAUGCUUCAUGACGGAUAAGAACACGGGCGUCACGAAUAAACGAGGCGCAAUCCGGGAAGGACGAGAGGAAAUCCAACAGCUGAGGCAGCAGCUGGCGGAGAGUGAAGAGGAGGUGAGGCGACGAAUUGCGGUCAUCAAUCAGCAGCGGGCCCUCAUCCAACAGUACGGCGUCGUCUCACGCAUUUCCGUGCCCGAAAUGCAGGCCAGGUUCAUGACUCGCAAUCCACCGGUUCCAUAUGCCAAUUACAACGGACUGAAUAUGCCAGGCAGCGUGCCGGUGUUCGACCAGACGAUGCCCGGUGGUUUGAUGAUGGAUCCGUCAACGCAGUACCCCAUGCCCAUGGGUCCAGGACCUGUCCGGCAGGGCCAGGUAGGCAAUGGCGGGUAUAUGAACCCGCCUGCAAACAUGACUGGCCCUGCAAACAGGAACCGUCCUCCCAUGGGUCGUUUGCCUCAGGAUAUGGCUAUGCCGGGGCCCUAUCAAAUGGGCCCCGCCCCAAAUAUGGGCCCUCCCCAAUAUAACCCCCAUAUGCUCAAUCCCUACGGCGUGGCACAGUACCGUCAGCUGAACCAGCAGCCUGGCGGUCUUAACAUGUUCCAGGGGGAUAUGACGCAUUUGGGGUACCAGGUGCCCCAGCAAGCCAUGCCACCCCGGCGGAAUAUGCAGCCUCAGCCGACCAUGCAGGCUCCUAUUCCGAGCGAAGACAGAACCGGGGCUACUGCGCAUGGCUUGUCAGAGGGCACAGGGCCCAGUCAAUUCCCGCCCACAAAUGUGGGUAAUAAUUUCGAGCUCCCUCCGGAUGAUUACAGCAAUGCCCCCGGGUUUGAAGACAACAACCCGAUGGAGGCUGCUGAUAUCCGGAGAGAUAGCGCUGUUUCCAGGAACGCCUUUGACGAAUUCCUCGAUGAAACGGUAUACGCCCAGCCGGACGACGCUGAGCCCUUGGCCCCUGCACCGCAACGGCCGGCCAGGAGCCAGCGUUCUUCGGUUGGCGCUAUUCAUCCGCCAUCGUACAACGUCGACAGCACCGGCGCGGUGUACGAGGAAUUCCCACCGGCGCAGCCUCCUCUCCCCUCUGUCCCUAGCACGGCUUAUCCCAACCGCCUGAGCGUUUCGGGACCCGUCCAGCCAGCCGGAGCUGCUGCGGCCAACGUCGAAUAUUCCGCUCAGCCCAUGACGGCUAGUCUGCAGCCCCCCACUAAUAUCGCAGGCGUCAAUGACCAAAGCACUCUGCCCCCGGUCGAAUCGACCCAGGAAGCAGGCGGAGUGCAGGUCAACGACCUCGAUAUCGCGCGAGAGAUGGCGCAGCUAGCAGCCAUGCGGAAUCAAGACACCCAAGCAGCUCAGGCCGCCGUCCAGUCCGCUCCCCCUGCUCCUGUUCAGCCUCGUCCUGAAACCCAGAGUCAGACCCAGACCCAGGAUCCUCCCCCCCCUCAGAACCAGAACCCAUCUCCCCCCGAAGACGACGGGAUCAUUGAUUUGCACCCCCUGCGGGAAGGCGAGAUGGAGGAACUGUGGGGGCUCGCCUGCGUGCCUGAUAACCUUGAGGACGUCUUUCUGGGUGAGCCCAGCUACAACGACGAGGCUUGGAGGGAGUUCAUCGGGUUGUCCAACCAAGCCAACCCGAACCCGACAACUGCCCCCGGUGAACCCGAGAGCAACGCGGCGUCCAGCGGGCAGGAGAGUGCCGAGCAGCCGGCGGAACCAACGGAUGGGGAGAUCCAGCGUCCUCCGGGGGUCCAGCAACUCAUCGACCUCCACGACGACUUCAAUACCCCCUUGUUUCCUGGGGUUGAAGUCCCCCCCGCCGAUGAGAAUGUGGGAGACGACGGCCUUGACGACCUCUUUGAGGAGUGA